AUGGCUGAAGAUGAUGUUAGACAAUCUUUGCUUUCCAGAAAUGCAGUUCCUGCAACUGCAAAUAGAUCUAUCUCCCUGGUGGGAAAUGAUAUUCAAUCUCUUCUACGUUUAGGAUCUUCCAUAGAUCAACAAGAAAUUAGGUUCAAGCAAGUGUUUUUGUGGCUAGUUGCUUACCUUGGAGUAGGGACAGUUUGUUUUUACCUCGUUCGGCAUCAUAUUGAGGGUAAGAAAACAAACGGAAUUUUUGAUGCCAUGUACUUUUGUGUUGUGACAAUGACAACUACUGGAUAUGGGGAUCUUGUGCCCCGUAGCGCGUUGGCGAAGUUACUAGCCUGCAUUUAUGUCUUCACUGGCAUGGCUCUUGCUGGGUUCAUUCUUGGUAAGGCUGCAGAUUACCUUGUUGAGAAGAAUGAAAUUCUUUUUGUCAAGGCAAUAAGCAGGAUUGAAAAGGUUGGUUCAGCCGAGGUUCUUAGGAAGGCUGAGGUCCACAAAGCCAAAUACAAGUUUUUAAUGUCUACAGUAAUGCUGUUUGUGCUUAUACUUGUGGGAAUUCUCUUCCUAGUUCUCGUUGAAAAAUUAAAAUUUGUUGAUGCUUUUUAUUGUGUUUGUUCCACCACCACCACUCUAGGAUAUGGGGAUGAGAGUUUCUCAACUGGAGCGGGUCGGAUUUUUGCAGUUUUCUGGAUACUGAGUAGUACUCUUUGCUUAGCUCAGUUCUUUCUUUACCUCACCGAACUGUACACUGAAAGUAGGCAAAGAUCAAGGAUUGAAUGGGCUCUUACACGAAAGCUUACAUUUUCAGAUCUUGAGGCUGCUGAUCUUGAUCAUGACAGAAAAGUCAGUGCUGCAGAGUUUAUCAUAUAUAAACUGAAGGAAAUGGGGAAGAUCAGCAAGGAAGAUAUUUCACUCCUACUGGAAAAUUUCCAAAAACUUGACGUCGAUCAUUCAGGAACCUUGACAGACAGGGACUUAAUGUUACCUUCACCAUCUCAAACUCAAAGCAAACUAAGAUUUUAUUGGUGAAGUUAAUGACAAAACCUUUCAAGAUUAGCAUA